GUCUAAACGCGUCGCUGGCUAAAGUAACACGGAAAAAUUAGAAGGAAAAUUUUUAUGUAUAUAUAAAAGAAUUUGUUAAUUAGAAAUAAUAAUAAUAAUUGAUAAAACAUCACAUUGUUUUAAGUGUGGCAAAAACUUAAUUUGUGUUCGAAAGUUGGUUUUUAAGUUAAUAAAAAUCUCUAAUAAUAAAACCCUAAAAUGGGCCAAGAAGAUCAAGAUCUGCUUAUCGACGAAACUGCUAGAAAACGCACAGCCGCUUCAGUGGAAAAUCUCAACAAUUCUCCUAGGACUUUGGAACAGUCGGCCAUUAAUGCAGGAUUUAGUAAAAGCUAUGGAUCUCUUGCCUCCAAUGAGUCGAUAUCGGAGAAACUCACAUACUCAUGGUACAAUCUGGAUGUUUUUGGGGAAGUCCAUCAGCCAGGAUCAAAUUGGAAGCAAUUUAUGAAUCGAGUUCGGGGUGUCUUCUGCAAUGAGAGGCAUAUACCCAAGCCAAGAAAGCACCUAAUUAAAAAUGUUUGUGGCAUUGCCUACCCCGGAGAAUUGUUGGCCGUUAUGGGCAGCUCUGGCGCUGGAAAGACAACUCUACUCAAUGCCUUGGCUUUUCGCUCAGCGCGUGGUGUUCAAAUUUCUCCCUCCAGCAUGCGCAUGCUCAACGGUCUUCCAGUGGAUGCCAAGGAAAUGCAGGCUCGUUGUGCCUAUGUUCAACAGGAUGAUCUAUUCAUAGGCUCGCUGACGGCCAGAGAACACCUGAUAUUUCAGGCCACUGUACGCAUGCCUCGGGCCUUGAGCCAAAAACAGAAAAUCCAAAGAGUCGAUCAAGUCAUACAGGAUCUGUCACUGGGUAAAUGCCAGAAUACCAUCAUAGGAGUACCGGGAAGAGUUAAAGGUUUGUCUGGCGGUGAACGCAAGCGUUUGGCCUUUGCCUCAGAGGCUUUAACCGAUCCCCCACUAUUGAUAUGCGAUGAACCCACCUCGGGUUUGGACUCAUUUAUGGCUCACAGUGUGGUGCAGGUUUUGAAAAAACUUUCGGAACGGGGCAAAACCGUUAUACUGACCAUACAUCAACCUUCAUCGGAGUUAUUUGAACUUUUUGAUAAAAUUUUGCUAAUGGCCGAGGGCAGAGUAGCCUUUCUGGGAACUCCAAAUGAGGCAGUGGAUUUCUUUUCCUUCAUUGGCAACCAAUGCCCCACAAAUUACAAUCCAGCUGAUUUCUAUGUUCAAGUCUUGGCUGUGGUGCCAGGUCGUGAAGUUGAGUCACGAGAUCGCAUUUCUAAAAUUUGUGAUAACUUUGCUGUGGGAAAGGUGGCCCGAGAAAUGGAACAAAGUGUUCAGAAAAUUGUUGCCAAAUCUGACGGCAUUUCCAAGGAUGAGGAUGUGGGCUAUACCUACAAGGCAUCUUGGCUGACGCAAUUCCGUGCAAUUAUAUGGCGGUCUUGGAUUUCCACAUUGAAGGAGCCGUUAUUGGUUAAAGUUCGCCUGAUACAAACCACAAUGGUUGCCAUACUGAUUGGCUUAAUUUUCUUAAACCAACCUCUGACCCAGGUGGGCGUCAUGAACAUAAACGGUGCUAUUUUUCUCUUUCUCACCAAUAUGACCUUUCAAAAUGUUUUCGCUGUCAUCAAUGUUUUCACUUCCGAGUUGCCGGUUUUCAUGCGGGAAACACGCAGUCGCCUGUAUCGCUGUGACACCUAUUUCCUGGGAAAGACAAUUGCUGAACUGCCCUUGUUUUUGGUUGUACCCUUUGUGUUCACUGCCAUAGCCUAUCCCAUGAUUGGUCUUCGUGCUGGUUUAACGCACUUCCUGAACGCCAUGGCUCUGGUAACGCUGGUGGCAAAUGUGGCCACCUCAUUUGGUUACCUCAUAUCGUGUGCCAGUUCAUCCACCUCAAUGGCCUUGUCGGUGGGACCUCCUGUGACCAUACCAUUUCUGUUGUUUGGAGGUUUCUUCUUGAAUUCCGGUUCGGUGCCGGUCUAUUUUAAAUGGCUCUCGUAUUUCUCCUGGUUCCGUUAUGCCAAUGAAGGUCUGCUCAUCAAUCAGUGGGCCGAUGUUCAACCGGGUGAAAUCACUUGCACUUCAACGAAUACCACAUGCCCCAGUUCGGGCAAAGUUAUAUUGGAAACUUUGAAUUUCUCGGAGAGCAAUUUCCCCUUGGAUUUUCUGGGCUUGAUUGUCUUAAUUUUGAUAUUUAGAAUUUCUGCCUAUUUGGCCUUGAGAUGGCGUGCCAGUCGUAAGGAGUAAUUUGGAGGAGGUACAUGUAUUCCAUCCAUUCAUUUUCUAUUGUUGUAAAUAAUUGGAUUUUUUGUUUAUUUUGGACCAAAAUAAAAGUUUGAAACACA